UGACUUUGCAUGUAGCUACAUCAAUACUCAUCAGUCCAAUGUUAAUAGUAAAUAAAAACAAUGUAGAUUAUGCAGAAAAACUGUUGAAACAUUUUGUCGAAUCAUUUGAGAAAAUAUAUGGCAAGGAAUAUAUUUCUCAUAAUAUACAUAAUUUAUUACAUCUCUCAAAUGAAGUUCGAAAAUUUGGACCACUUGAUUCCUUUAGCUCGUUUAGAUUUGAAAACUUUUUACAAAUUUUAAAAAGUUUUCUGCGCAAAAAAGAAAAACCACUGCAGCAAGUUAUACGACGAUACACAGAAAGAAAGCAAAAUUGGUAUGACAGCAUGAACAAUACAUCAUUACAUUCACUUUCUAAAUUUCAAUUAAAAAGAAAACAUACUACUGGUUUAUUGGCUGAUGAAAUUCAAGAUAUUNUUACAUCGCAAUACAAAAANUUAAUAUUAUUAGGAAAUUAUGAAAUCGACUGCAACAGUGAAGCAAAUAAUUGUAUUAUGACAAAAAGUGGAAAUGUACUGACAGUNAAGAACGUCGUUAAAUGUACCAAUAAUAUUACUUAUGUUGUUGGUUAUCAAUUGAGAAAAACAGAUGUUUUAUAUUCACGACCAUUCUCAUCAGAGAAUUUAGACAUUUAUGCUGUUGAGGAAGUAAAUAAUAAUGUGAUAACUUGUCCUUUGGAUGAAAUACAGGGAAAGAUGUGGAAAAUUAAAUUUAUUUCAAAAUUGUAUGUAAUUUCUAUUCGACACGGGUGUGGACAAUAAAACAAUUUUUGAAGUACAAUAUAACAUAUUAUAACAAUAUAAUACAACAUAUUGUAUGAUUGUCAUAACACGAUCAUUCCAAAUAUNAACAACAAAAGCUAAAACGUUAAUAUUUAAUUAUGUUUNUAUAUAAUAAAAAAUCANGGCAUCAAAAUCUAUCAUCAUAAAUUUACAUUUACAUUUACGCAAUUAUACACAAUCGAUGGUUNUUUACGCUGUACAUAGUUCAUAGUUGACGUCGAUAAAUUGAUAUUUCGAACGACUAUCGAUUAACUUCGUCGCUUUCGCCCGCCUAACCAACUCACGUCUGCUGGUCUGCAUCAUGGUCUGCUGUGUCAACCCGCGAGCCACUACCGCACCUACCUGUGACCACUCGAUGAUACUUGUCCAUACUCAUCCACAUUCGUUUUUUGUUCGUCUCGCCGAGACUGGAAAUUUUCAAUAAAGUUAUAAGAGGUUUAUGUCCGGAUAUAUAUACAGUGCCGCAUAGAAGAGCAUAUGUCUAAUUCGCAUGGAUAUGUCUGAACUGACGUGCGAGCACUUUCCUUUACAAAAAAUGAAGAAAGGAUCUUCCUUAAAAUUUACAGAAAACUUCUAUGUAAUUNAAUUUGAAGAUGGGAUANCACUAGUUCCUAAUAACUGGUUGCGGAUAUCUGAAGACCAANAACAACAGUUUUGCUUCUACCCAAAUUACGAAGUGAAAAAGAGACUGAAUAAGGCUAUACAGAGUAAAGAAAUACCGGAUGUAAAAAAUGUACAAGCUGGUUGGGUGAUGUAUGAUGUUCUACGCGUUUUUGCUUCAGCAGAUACUUUUNAACGAGGCCAAGAAAAAUUAAAAAUGGCUGAAAAUACAUCCGACAUAAACACUGAGGAUGAAGAAAAUAUGAAACAAACACGGCAUGAUAGAGCUGCUGCAAAAUAUUUUACGUCUGACGAUGAAUCUUCCGGUACAGAAGUGGAGUCUAACUUACUUUCUCCUUUACCAGAUUCGAGGGAAUUUUCUAGACCACAAAAAUUGUUUUCUUCGAAAAGGCCUGCACAAAUUUUGGCAACCUAUGAACAUCCGAUCAUAUCCGAAGAAGUCAAAAACAAAAUAGCAACUGAGAAGAAACAANCGAAGAUAUUUCUGCAAGAAACGGAAGUGAUUGCUAAACAUAAGAAACAAAAGUUGGAAGAUAAAAAUCAAAAUCAAUCAUCACAAGAAUCAAUCAAUGAAGAAAAUGAUUAUUCUAUCGAUGAAUAUAAUACAAAGUUAACAACACAUCAAAAUACAAAUAAUGAAGAUUCUCAGAAAGUGUUAAAGGAAAUUUUGAAAAAAGUAAAUCGCAUCUUAAUUGAAAUGACAUACAUUGAAAGAAGGCUCAGUAGAAUAGAANAUAAAGCUAAUUACACAAAUCAAGAAAUUAAUAUAAAUACUGUCAAAGCUUUUGCUUUUGACACCAUUUCUUCUAUAGAGGAAUUGGAAUUGUUUGAACAAAAUUUGAAAAAUGCAGAAUUUUUCAUGAAAAUGAGAAACUUUUUGAAAUUAAAAGGCGGAACAAAUAUACAAGACACGAUAAAAAAUAUAUUCAAAACAUUAAUAAAGGACGAAAUAUUAAUGUUAUAUAGCUGGAAAGGAGCUCGAGGAAAAACUGCAUUCCGAAGUUUCAAAAUUGUCGAUUUAAUCAUAGCUGUUGUUCGGUUAUACGAUGCAAAUACAACCGAGGAAAUAAUUACAAAACUUAUGAUCAGUUGGAUAGUGCAAGCUCCUGCACGUGUUCGAAGAAUUGCGUGA